UGUGUUCACACUGCACCACUAACGUUACAGUUCCGGUUCCACCUCGCAACAGCACUUUAGCUACAACGACGGCGGGAAGUUGUUAUUAUCUAUUUUGAGGAAAAUCACCAACAAGCCAACGGACGAAAUUGUUACCGAUCGAUACUUCACCAUCGUAUAUUGAUGGAUCUGUAAUCGGAGAUACGCUAACUGUACACUGAGCGGAGCGGCGUGGGAUCCAGCUAACAUGGCUAACCAAGGAAACCAGUUAGCGGCACAGGCCGUCAGCAAGCCUGCACCAGGAAAACAUGGAAAUGUAUUGCCCCUGUGGGGCAACGAAAAGACUAUGAACCUCAACCCAAUGAUUCUUACAAAUGUGCUGUCCUCGCCGUAUUUCAAAGUUCAGCUUUAUGAACUAAAGACCUACCACGAAGUUGUGGACGAAAUCUACUUUAAGGUGACUCAUGCUGAGCCUUGGGAAAAAGGAAGCAGAAAGACCGCAGGCCAAACUGGAAUGUGCGGAGGGGUGCGUGGCGUCGGAACUGGUGGUAUUGUGUCUACUGCUUUCUGUCUUCUGUACAAACUGUUUACUCUCAAGCUGACUCGCAAACAGCUGAUGGGUCUGAUCACUCACACAGACUCUCCAUACAUCAGAGCACUUGGCUUCAUGUACAUAAGAUACACUCAACCCCCAGCAGAUUUGAUAGAAUGGUACGACAACUUCCUGGAUGAUGAGGAGAUGCCCAUUGUGCAGCAGGAGCUGGACGUGAAGGCAGGAGGUGGCUGUGUGAUGACAGUCGGAGAGAUGCUGCGCUCAUUCUUGACCAAACUGGAGUGGUUCUCCACUCUGUUCCCCCGUAUCCCAGUGCCUGUACAGAAGAUAAUUGACCAGCAGAUGAAGGCUAGGCCUCGUAAAGUUGCUGUGAAGGAGGUGCAGGAGGAGGAACCCGCAGUGGCAGAGGGGGCAAGGCAAGGAGAACGACGUCGCUCCAGGACACCCAGACGGACUCCAAGCCCCCGAAGAUCGCCGAAACGGUCGAGGAGCCGGAGCCACCACCGCGAGAAAGAACGGCACGGCCCCAGCUUUGACCGAGAGCUGGAAAGGGAGCGUGACCGCCAGAGGAAGGAGAGGGAGGGCAGGGACCGAGACCGGGAUAGGGAUAGAGGAGACAGAGGGGACAGGGAGAGACGGCGGUCCCGCAGUGCAGACAGGAACCAAGACCGGCGAGAACGUAGGAGAAGUCGCAGUGGCAGCCAGGACCGAAGGAAGGAACGCAGAGACAAAGAUAGAGACGGCGGGGAAGACCGGAACAGGAGGAAGGACAGGGAACACCAUAAAGAUAGAGGCGCGGAGAGGGAGAGGUCCAAGGAUAAAAAGAACAGGGGAGAGACCGAUGACAGGAGGCAUAAAGACGACAGGGAGAGGCACAGAGAUGAGAGGAAGGCCAAAAGGUCGAGUCGGAGCCGAAGCAGGGAGAGGAGGCACAAAAGCGGGGGAGAGGAGAAGAGCAGGAAAAGAGAUCGCAGCCACAGCAGAGACAGAGACAGAGACAGGGAGAGAGACGGAGAUCAGCGUUCUCACAAACGUAGUGGUAGCAAAGAGAGAAGCCAUCAUCAGUCCAGUAAUGACCACAGUAAACAUAGUGAACGCAGAAGGAGUCAGAGCACUGAGUAAAUGUCGCCUCCCAGCAAUAUUACUUCUACUCCUGUGUUUUCCUUCCCUAUUUCUACACAGUUGUCUGGUCCAUCCCUCGUGCUAAAGAGAAGGAAUGUCAGCACAUUAGACAUCUGGAGCUGUUGUUUUUGGCCAAUGUAAUGUUGCUUUACUUUUAUGUUUUUCUGCCUUUUUCGCUCCCCAUUAGACCAUUGUUAGUAUUCACUUGAAUUUGAAAAGUGGGAAAAAAAUGGCAUUUUAAUUUUCUAUGGUGCGUUCAUUUGCCCCAGAAAAAUGUGGGUUUGUACAUACCGUUUCGGAGGCUGUCUACACACGAUAAAUGUUCCGAGAUGCAUUGCUCCCUGGGUCAGGUGCAGCGCAACAUGGUCUUCAUAUAACUUACGUAAUGUAUAAAGACUAACUUAUUUUCAAGAGGUACAAAACCCCAAACAUUUUUAAAUUUAACUAAUGUUACAGUGCAUAUUUCUGCAAUUUAUUCAUAUUUAAGCGACUUGGUCAGCUGUAUUCUGAUUGAACAUGCUGAAGUACAAAAUUGAGAGUUGCAGCGAUGUGGAUCGACAAUGGCUCAGCAAAAAAGCAAUUCUGUCCAUGGUCGUGUGUAGACAGCCUGAGAAUGUUUUAAUCCUCUAAAGGGCAGUCUGCAAAGGGUAAUUUUUUUACCACACACACUGAGCCCUGCCUGUGAUGUGUUUGGGUUAUUGCUCUGUUGCAUUUUGUUUUCUAAUAAAAACACUUUUACAAACAA